CCCCCCCCCCCCCCCCCGCGCACGGCCAUGCAUGCGCUCGCUCGCAGGUCACAGCUAGCCGGUGGUAGCUCCGCCCGGCCCCCGCCUUUGCCGCUUUCCGGCCUGACAAAAUCCCGCGCCCUUUCUGCAGGCGUACGUCGGCACUGAAAGAGAGGGGGAGCCGAGGAGGAGGACGGAAAAGCCGAAAGCCAUCCAUCCCCUCCCUCCCUCCCUCCGAAUCUUGGCAUUUCUAGGGAUUCUGUCAUCCCGGUGCGGUGAGGGGUGGCGGCGCUUUACGGUCUUUUUGCCCGGCCGGGAGCGUGUCCGUGACGAGACCGACCCCCACACCCGUGGAAGAAGCUUCCACGCUGCUUCCUCUGCUUUCCUGCGCCCCGGGCUAUUUAUAGCCGCCGCGGUCACUGCCAGGGGGUUUAAGCUAACGGUGCAGGCCGCCAGCCCCCCAAGGUGAACCCGAGUGAGCCAGGUGAUCCCGACCGCCCGAGGGUGUCGUUGGCUUUCGCACGUGCUUGGCCGCCGGGCCGGAGCGUCCGCCAUGGACCUGAAGAGGGCGCUGGACGUGGAGGAGGAGGUGGUGGAUGGCGACGAGGAGGAGCUCGCCGCCGGAUGCCCCGACGCCAAGCGCCGCCGGACGUUCCUCAACAGCUCGAUGCAGGAGGCCAUUGGCGCGCAGUACAUGCAGAGGCAUCUGCCCAAGCUGGAGCCGUUCCUGCGCAGAGUCGUGCAGGAGGAGGUGCAUAAUGUUCUUAUCCGACACAUCGAUUCCGCACACAGGCUCCCACUGCAACUAAAAACAAGCAGCAAACGGUACAAGCUGCAGUUCCAGGGAAAUCUGCCGCAGACCCUUUUCACGGGCAACAGAGUGGAGGCGGAGAGCAAGCAGCCGCUCCGGAUCGUCCUGACCGACGCCGCCACCAACCAGACGGUCACCUCCGGCCCCUUGUCCUCGAUGAAGGUCGAGCUCCUCGUCCUCGACGGCGACUUCAACGCCGACGAGCGGCUGGAGCACACGGAGAAGGAGUUCAGCGAGAGCGUGGUGUUCGAGAGGGAAGGCAAGAGGCCGCUCCUGUCCGGCGAGGUGAUCAUCGUGCUCGAGAAGGGCGUCGCCUCCAUCCGCGACAUAUCCUUCACGGAUAACUCGAGCUGGAUAAGGAGCCGGAAGUUCAGGCUCGGCGCGAGGAUGUCCCGGGCCAGCUCCAUCGAAGAACGGGUGCAGGAAGCUGUCAGCAAUCCCUUCCUAGUCAAGGAUCACCGUGGAGAAGUGUACAAGAAGCACCAUCCUCCUGCAUUAGCUGACGACGUGUGGCGCCUGGAGAAGAUCGGCAAAGACGGCGUUUUCCACAAGAAGCUUGCUGACUUUGGAAUCCACACCGUUCAGGACUUCCUCAGGAACCUGGUGAUGGAUCAGUACGGACUGCGCAGUCUGCUCGGCAGCGGGAUGUCGAACAAGAUGUGGGAGUCGACGGUGGAGCACGCCCGGGAGUGCGUGCUGGACGACAAGCUCUACUCCUACUGCAGCGGGCACGGCAUCGUCCUCCUCUUCAACUGCGUCUACGAAGUCGUCGGCGUCAUCGUCGGGACCAACUGCUUCACCUUGAACUCCCUCACUCCGACGCAGAAGGCGCUGGUGGUGAAGCUGCAGCAGGACGCGUACAAGUUCCCGGACCGCAUAGCCGAGUUCAAGGUGCAGACGCAGGGCGCCGCGGACCAGCCACCGGCCGCGGUGCAGGCCCCGCCGGGGCCCUUGCCGGUGCCCGGCGCGGGCCCGGCGAGCGCGCAGGUGCUCGGCCUCCCGCAGGGCCGCGUCCACCUACCGGGCGGCGCGCCGAGCUCGCACGACGGCGGCGGGCUGCUGCUGAACCCGCUCGUCCUCCAGCAGCAGAGCGAGGCCCUGGAGGACGUGCUGCAGUCGGCCGGCGCGGCGCACCACCAGCUCGGCGGCGCCGAGCCGUGGUCGUUCCCCUCGUUCGCGGCCGGGGCGGGAGGAUUCGACGCGCGGGACCCGUUCGACGUGCAGUUCAGCGGGUCGCAGCCGUGCGGGCUGCUGCUCUCCAGCACCGGCGCCAGGUUGUGAGGGCACGACGCGAGCGCUGCGCGCGCGCGUUUGUUUUCGCUUGGGCACGCCGCGCCUUCUUCCGUGCGGUGUGGUGCGGUGUGGUGGAGGAUGGCGUCAUGCCGUCACGCGGAAGGAGCGGAGCAA